AAGCCAUGACACCAAAAUAUCUAAGGCGCAUAGGUCCAGGGGGUUGGGACUGAGUGUGAAAGUACAUCAAUUCAAAUGCGCGCCAUUUUGCUAAGCUUUCGCAAGUUGGCAGCCCCAGCCUGCGCCUGCCUACUCCGCGUCGGCAUGGGAUGCUCAACCCUAAUAACCACAAAGGAUCCAGCAGCCUGUCAGUUUGUGCGCCGUUGCCGUGCCAGUUGAGAAUUACAAUCGAAUGUGCGUGCAUUGCGAACGGGAAAACGGGCCAACGACAAACGAAAUGAGAUGAAAUUAUUGUAGUGAAAAUUUGUGUAAUUAAUAUAGAAGCUAAGCGAAUUACAAAAUUAAAGGAUGUGCCUGCAAAAUACCUAAAAAUUGCACAUUUUUUGAAUCUGUAAAUUUGGCCAAAAGUCCAACUAUUGUAGUGCGUAGCCAGAACGCAACUGCAGCCGAAGGACAUUGCAACGACGAGAUGCCGCUAUGUGUGUGCACAGCAGCAGCAGCAGCAACAACAACAGCAACGACAACAAAAUAACCGUCUAUAGCAGCAAUAGCCUUGAAAGGUCUGUUACCCAUAUCAGCAGGAACAUAGCGCCAGGUUACGGUUACGGUUACAGUUACCUGGCCGCCAGCAACUGAUUGGGGGCAGAGCGAACAUUUUUGAUGCUGAUGAUGCAGUUACAAAUGCAGCAGCAGUUCUGUUAUAAAUAACACAAGGACAUGGAUGGGCGCAAUGAACGCGUAUACGACGAGGACAAAGGCGCAGGCAACAGCAACUACAACAACAGCAGCAGCGGCAGAAGCAGCAGCAGAAGCAACGGCAGUUGCAACGGCAUGUGUUACAGAAAUAAAUGCAGCCGUGUACAACUACAUUUGCAAGUGCUGCUAAAAUUAAAAUACUUAUAGUUGUUUAUUGUAUCAUAUUUAAUGCAAUUGCACUCGAGUGCACGAACAAGUGACACCUAAGUGAAUUUCUCAGAUAAUUGCCUCGUGCGCCAAAAAGUAGACAACAACAACAAAAAACUAAAACUAAACGACGAAAAACGGGCGCACUCACACAUACACGCACACACACACAGCAACGGCCAAGACUUUGAUUAGGCAGCGCCUGAAGCUGUCAGCGCGUGUGUGUGUGUGUGCAGAAGAGCAAGCGCGAGCGAGCGAGAGAGGCAGAGAGGAAGAGAGAGUAAAAGUGGCAGGCGGCCAAGGUGUCGAGUUUCAAGUGUUUCUGUUUGCACGUCGUGUGUGCGCGUGUGUGUGUGUUAGUUACUGCGCUUAACCUGAUUUACAAAAGUUUUGUCCUUUCAACGUAAACGGCCAACGCACACACACACACACACACACAUAUGGAAGUCAGCAGCUGGAUUAGUCACAAUACCAAUAAACCGUACAACCGCAAGAGAAGACGCCGCCAGCAGUCAUCGAGCAGACAGACGUACAUUGUGAAUGGAAUGCAUGUUUUUAGCAAAUAACCUCGCCUAAAUGAAGCAUGAAGAAACAAAAUGUCCGCACGAUAUCCCUGAUCGUGUGUACAUUUACAUAUUUACUUGUGGGCGCCGCCGUCUUUGAUGCCCUCGAAUCGGAGACGGAAAAACGCCGCUGGGAGGCAUUGCAAGGUGUCGAGGAUCGGAUAAUACGCAAAUAUAAUAUAUCACAGGAGGAUUUUAAAGUCAUGGAGACGGUGGUUCUCAAAUCGGAGCCACACAAGGCUGGCCAACAAUGGAAGUUCACUGGCGCAUUCUAUUAUGCAACGACAGUGCUAACAACAAUUGGCUAUGGACACUCAACGCCAACGACCCGCGGUGGCAAACUAUUUACAAUGUGCUAUGCCAUUGUUGGGAUACCCUUGGGUCUCGUCAUGUUUCAGAGCAUCGGAGAAAGAGUGAAUAGACUGAGCAGCUUUGUUAUCAAAGCGGUGCGGACAUCGCUGCGCUGCAAGCGAACGCUUGCCUCAGAGGUGGACCUUAUAUGCGUUGUCACGACGCUCAGUUCGCUGACGAUCGCGGGUGGUGCGGCGGCUUUUUCGAAGUUUGAGGGCUGGAGCUACUUUGAUUCAGUAUAUUACUGUUUUAUUACUUUAACCACAAUAGGCUUUGGCGAUAUGGUAGCUUUACAAAAGGAUAAUGCGCUAAAUCGAAAACCCGAAUAUGUUAUGUUCGCACUGAUAUUUAUACUAUUCGGGCUGGCAAUUGUUGCCGCCUCACUGAACUUGUUAGUACUAAGGUUUGUUACAAUGAAUACCGAGGACGAGCGACGCGACGAGGCCCAAGCCAUGCAGGCACUACAAGUGGCUGUCAAACUGGAGGGCGAUGUGAUAACAUCCAAUGAUUCCAUACUGAGCGGCUACGAAGGACAAGACGUCGAAUCUUUGAAUGGCACGAAUACAUCCUCAAUGUGCUCAUGCCGUUGCAUUUGCUUGAAUGGAAACCGGCAUAAAAAGCAUAAUAACGCGACCAGUGAAAACGUUGCAGAGCAGCAGUACAAGCUGCGCCGUUCGCCGACUCACAUACGUCACCUGCUGCCGGAGGUGGUGCCCAUGCAGGAUCUGAACUAUGAUACGCAGAGCAUGCACACCAUAGGCGCCCUCAAUGGCAGUGGCUUCAUGACUGGCAGCCACAUGGGCAUGGGCCUGGAUGUUGUGGACGACACAGGCAAUCGUUCGCCUCUCAAGCAGCCGCACAAAUUGCUCAAACGCAAUGUAUCACUUUUAUCUUUUCGUAUUUAGAUGCUAAAUUUGGAGCAGCAGCAGCAGCAGAAGGAACAACGAAUAUGGCCACGCCCACUCGUGUAGCAAACGCCCCCUUUUUCUGCCUCUCCACAAACGACUUAAAAAUAAUUAAAGUGAUAAAACUUUCUCUGAUACAUAGUACUUAAUCCUAAUGGAAUUCGGAACUGAAGGGUAGUGAAUAUUUAAUUGGAAUAAUGAAAAAUGUGCAAAUUCAUGUGCGUUCACGAACUUAUAUUUAUGUGCAUUUACAAUGUAAAUUAGUGCAUAAAUAUAUAAAUACACACAUAUACAAUCUGUAGUAAGCAUUAUAGAGAUAAUAUCUACCUAUAUGUAUAUGUAUAUUAUUGAUUUAGGGCACUAGAAAAUUGAUCUAAACCACUGCCAUUUCCGAGCGAUAGACACAAAUCAUCACAAGGAUCACUUAGACCUUCUGUCACUCUCGCUCUCUCUCUCUCUCUCUCUUUCUCUCUUUCUCAUUUUCUCUCAACAGCCACUGAAAUUAAUCAAUAUCGAAAUUAUAGUGUGAAACACUAGACUAGAACUGCCUUUUUCAGGCUGCACUUAGAUACCGUACAUGAUCCGCUAAGAAUAUAAAUCUAUAUAG